CCUGGGAAUCAGCAGCAGGCACCUGAACACGUACCUGGAUCCGAACAGGAGGCAGCACUAGAAUCAGAUGCAUUGGGUGCCUCCUAACUAGCCUUCCUGUCUCUAGGAGCUCCCUUCUCUGACCAUGGAACCACAGAUUCUAAGCCCUUCUGCACCAGCUGCCAGAAGCAUCUUUCAUAGACCCCCUUCACAGGACCUAGAGCUGGAAAAGAUCUCAAAGAUCAUCUGUCUGAGGCCCUCAUUUUACAGAUGAGAAAUCUAAGGUCCACAGACCUUAAAGGACUUACUUGUCACAUAGUUACUCUAGAAAAGGCAUUGGAUGAGGUAGAGAUCAUCCAGAGGACCAUGGCCAGAAAGGUGAAUGGACUGGAUUGCACGCUGCAUGAGGACUGUUUAUCCUGUAGAAGAGGAUGCUUAGUGGAGACCCCCUGCCAGUGACUCAGCGCAUCCCCGAGGCCCCCACUGCUGAUGUUCCAGUCUGGGACAUCAGUGGCUUCACACUCCUGGAUGGGAAACUGCUGCUUCUGGGGAGAGAGGAGGAGGCUCCAGGUAGAAACCUUCCCAGGGCUGGGAGUGUGGUCUCUGAGGGCAGUGUGCAGCUGACAUCCGGAGGGGCCAAAGAGCCAGAGCAGAAUCUGAGAAGAGGUGAGUCGGAGGCUACCAGUGCCAACCAGGGCCACAACGUGAGGGGUUUGCUAUGGAAGAGGCUCAAGGAGAAGAAGAAGGGGAAAGCUGGAAGCACUGGGACAGGGUGCCCGAGUGCCCGGGGCUCCCAAGAGUCCCUCGUAAAUGAAGGACCCAUCAAAGAGCUGGAUCUGAGCAGUGAGCAAAAUGUGCAAGUGUGGCCCCUGCACCCCAGCCUCCUUGGGGAGCCCUACUGCUUUCAGGUAACCUGGCCCAGUGGGAGUCGCUGUUUCUCCUGUGGCUCAGCAGCUGAGAGGGAUCGAUGGAUUGAAGAUCUGCGCCAGAGCCUGCAGCCCCAGCAGGAAAGCCAAGAAAGGGAAGAGACAUGGUUGAGUGUAUGGGUUCAUGAGGCCAAGGGACUCCCACAGGGUAGCUCUCCAGGCCUUCGGGUGGAGCUGUGGCUGGAUGGGGCCUUGUUGGCCCGUACUGCUGCUCGGCCUGGGCCUCACUUCUGGGCAGAGCGCUUCCACUUUGAAGCACUGCCCCCUGCCCGCCAUCUUUCCCUUCGAUUGCGCCAGGCCGACCGAGACCUGGGCAAUGUGUCACUGGCACUAACUGAUCUGGGACCAAUGGGAGGGGGUCUUGAGCGAUGGUUUCCUCUGGAAGGUGGACCUUCAGGGGCAGCCUUGAGGGCACGGGUUCGGGCACGCUGUCUGCAGAUACUACCCACUGAGCGCUACAAGGAAUUGGCGGAGUUCCUCACCUUUCACUACCCAGAGCUGUGCCAUGCCCUGGAGCCCCAGCUGCCUGCCCAGGCCAAGGAAGAGUUGGCAGCCACCAUGGUCCGUGUGCUGCAUGGCACAGGAAAAGCCCAGGCACUAGUGACAGAUCUGGGCCUGGAGGAGCUGGCCCACUGUGGAGGGAGAGAAGCGUUGCUGUUCCGAGAAAACACACUGGCCACAAAGGCCAUUGAUGAGUACAUGAAGCUGGUGGGCCAGAGCUACCUGCAUGAGACACUGGGAGGAGCUGUGGGACGUCUCUGUGCCUCUGAAGAUGGCUGUGAAGUAGACCCUAGCAAAUGCCCUGGGCCAGUCCUGGCCCAGCACCAGGCCACCCUGAGGCAAAGCUGUGAGGAUGUCUUCCUCAGCAUCACCCGUUCCUCUGACUGGUUCCCGGCUGAGCUGAGCGCUGUGUUCUCCAGCUGGUGGGCAGCAUGCCAGGAGCGGAGAGCUGAGCCCCUGGGGGAGAGGCUGGUUUGUGCUUCACUCUUUCUGAGAUUCCUGUGUCCAGCCAUCAUGUCCCCGAGCCUCUUUGGCCUUGCCCAUGAGUACCCAGGCCCCGGCCUGGCUCGAACCCUUACCCUUGUUGCCAAGGUCAUUCAGAACCUUGCCAACCGAGCUCCGUUUGGGGAAAAGGAAAGUUACAUGAGCUUCAUGAAUGAUUUCUUGGAGCAACACAGCUCAGCCAUGCAGUGCUUCCUGGUCCAAGUGGCCUGUGGGGAUGGGGACAGGGCCCCUAGGGGCUACCAAGGCAGUGGAGACCUGGCCAGAGGCCUGGCCAUCCUGCAUGUUCAGCUCCGCACCAUCUUCUCCGAUCUGGACCAGCCAACACAGGAGAGCCUGGAACCACUGCCCACCAUACUUCAAGCCAUUGAGGAAGGCCGCCCCGUACCUGUGUCUGUUAGCAUGCGCCCUCAUGCUACCAACAUUAGGGCCCAGGUCCAUGCAAGCUUCUCAGAGAAGCCAGGCUUCCUGGCCCCCAGGGACCUGUCCAAGCAUACCCCUCUCAUCUCCAAGAGCCAGUCCCUCAGAAGCAUACAGGGCCAAGGCCAGGGUGAGGAACAUCCUGCAAAAAGACUACGUCGCCGUAUCCAACGUACCCAGAGUGUCCCUGUCUCCCGGACUGCCAGUCCCCAUACCUCUGGGCCUUUGUCCCGGACCAGGCCCAAGGACUCCCUUCAAAGAAGUUCCCCGCCCCAGGGCCGCUCUAGGCUUGGAGUCUCUGCUUCCCUGCCUAGGAAGUCCUCUGUACCCUGGCAGCGCUUCCUGGAGAAACCACAUGAAGUGGAACAUAGCAUUUGCACCCACCGACUCCCUGGGAAGGGACAGCUGGCAGAGCUUCGGCAGGAGAUAGUCUCCCUGUGUGACCAGCAGAAAGUGUUAGCUGCACAGCUGGAAGCCCUAGCCAGUGAGACCCAGGCCCUUGGGGAACAACAGAAGAAGCUACUUGGCCAACUGGAACAGAUUCAAGGCCAAUUCAGGACCAGGGCUCAGAAGCCGGAUCCUAGGCACAGCCCAGGCCUCCAGAGCAGAAGCAGUGAGAAUGCCAGGCUGGAAAAUUUGGAGCACCGCCUGGCUGACCUCGAGAGGUCACAUGCUCAACUGGUACAUUGGAUGCAGGAUCAGCAAAAAACUCCUAGGAUGCAGAUUCAGCCCCCGAAGAUACCUUGCACUAAUGGAGAUGCUACUUGACCCUGUCCAGGGCCAGUCUGGGCUUCUACGUGGGCACUGACGUGGACAGAGGCAACUUGCAAAGUAUGGAAACCAAGAUGCAGACUUGGUCUGCCAGCAUUUUCUUUCUCCUCUGCCAGUCCACCUUCCCCCCUCAGUCCCCUGGGCUCUGUCCACUUCUGUCCCUAUCCUCUUGGCCUCAAGGAGGGAAGGAGGGGCAGGACUGGGCAUGAUAAGCUGUGACUGAUGGGGUCCCCAGCACAGAACUUUGCACCAUAAAAUUGUGGAUUGAAAUAAAGAUCCUUUCUGAGCAGCA